GUUUUUCCCUCAUCUAUCGUAUUUAUUGCAAGCUCCACCUGCUGCGGAUGAUCCCCUUCGAAUGAAAAUUAAUUUUUCUGACUCGCAAUCCCCAAAAUUUUACUUGUUUCGUAUUUCGUUGUUCAACGAUACGUGGAAUACGAAGCUCCGCCUGAUAAGAAAUUUCCUUGGGACUCACCGGGGCUCCCAAUUUAGGGGAGGAAUUAUUUUGUCUGAUUUUCUCGAAUUUCGAGGAAAUCAAAGGGGGCGUACUUUACGCCUUUCGUUAAUCGCGUUGACACACCUGAUCGUAAUAUUUUUCAUCGAUCGAAAAAUGUACACCGAAAUGAAUCGUCGCGGCGUACCGCGUGUGCACGGCAUUGUGCGCGUACGACUACGCCUAAGCGUACAAAAUUUAUAAUUCAAUUCAAACCGUAUCAAAAUUUUUCCUCCUUCUUGCCGCGCCCGCGAUCUCACGGUAUACCUAUAAUAAAAUACCAUUACAACCGUCCUGUCCUCGAGAAGUGUCGCGAACACUCGAGCGAGAUCCGGCGAGCCCUCAGCUCACCCCAAGGUGCUCGAAGCUUCGCCAUACCGUUCCACCGCGGCGGGGUGAUUACGGACUUCGUCAAAAUUCGACGCGAAACAAAAUGAGCUCGACGUAAAUAUGUACGGAAAAUAAAGUACUCCGCUCGAAUCGUGCCCUACGAAUAUUUCUGUAUACCUCGAGUACCCGCGCAAUCUGCACCUUUUUGGCGAAGGAGCGAAACCGAGAACGAAAAAAAAAUAAAAUAAAAUGACUUAAAAAUUAAAAUGUUUCGGUAGUAAAGGAGAUCGCUGGAGUCCGCCGAUAGUUCGCGAAAUAAUUUAUCUCCGGCCGAAAAGCAAAUUCUCAUCAAUUUUAUCCGACCGUAGUUAAAGGUCAGAGGUACGCGAAGAGUGUUUAUAAAAAUUCCGGUUAAAACUGCCCCUGCACGAGUCCGUCUAGCUGCUGCGGAUCACGUCUGUUUUUUUUUUUUUUUUUUUUUUUAUUAUUAUUUUUUCUUUUCAAAAAAGAUACACUACGGGCACCCACACUACGGUAACCGGGAAAGCGAAGCCCACGCUUUUGUCGUCACAUCGUUCCAUCUUCUCGGCGUUAGAUCGCGACGCCGCGUAUAUACGCGAUGUCCAAGAAUUUUCAAUAAGCACAAUACACGUAUCGGAGGUUCAAGAAUAUGACAGAGUUUCGCGUUUUCUCCUUCGUUCGUGUCUGUAACAGGUUGGAUUUUCGAAAAUUCGAAAACGCACGCGAACCGUCGCGUCGUCGCAGUUCCAGCGAACGCGGACGAUCGGUAUAGGGUUUUCGUAAAAAUGCCAAACGAACAAGUUUCGUAAUAAUUAUCAGAGUUUCAUCGGCGGGUACGCAGAGGGGUUGGUCUGGCGCAUCACGCUGCCGCCAGUUGGCGCGUCUAGGGGUGAACCGUGAUUUGUCUGCGACCCAACCUCCCGCACCAUUUGAGCACUAUUGGACGCUAACCCUUAGCGUUGAGGCAAGGUCGUCUGCACCGAGGGUAGCAGUAGUAGUAGUAGCAGUAGUAUUUGUAAUUCUGCUACACCCUUUGGACGCGAACACCACCACGCGCGCUCGUCUCUGUAGCACCGCUCGUUCGCUCGGCGCGUCGAGAUGCACGCGUUUUCUUGCACCCCGCGACACCACGUCCUUGUACACACCUACACGUAUCCGCAUAUCGUACGAACCUAUCCUCCAGCCUUUCCCUUUUCCACCCCUGGGCCCCCCUCUGCCGCGCCGCGCCCCCCCACCCCUUUUAGCCGUUGGUACUCUGCGCCCCGUGGUGUCGUGGGCGUUGCUCUUGCGUCUUUUUAGCAUCGAGCCUUCAGAUGCCUACACGAGCUUUCCGCAAUUUUUCCCUCUCGUACUUUAGGGGUUGAAAAUCGCUCGCGGUCGGGAUCGCUCGGGUUGCCAUGGCAGCUACCCGGCCGGGCCGGAGCCCCACUGGAGUAGUCUUGCCGCGGCGAUGGUGCGAUUCGUACAAAACCGUUCUGUACCAUGUACUCUGUGAUAUUUACACCCCCUCCCUCAACUAUUUUGUGACUUUUAUCGUGGACUGAAUUCGAUUUUUUUACCGAUGUGAGGAUAAUUAGAUAAAAUGAAAAUUAUACAACACCCGAUACAGGCUCUCGUAGACUCCCAUGCCGUCACCCCGUCGAUAAUGAUACAAGGACGUACAUUUAUACGUACAUAUUUGUGUACGCAUAUGUACGGUGUAUAAUAUCGGUGUCAAAAUAGAUGUUCGACUAUGCGUUCCGUCAAAAUUCAGUAAAACUCGUCAUCAAUUAUUUCACCUUCGAUAAAAGCUCGAAAUUAUCAUUCCCACGAUUUUGAGCAACGAGCAAAUACCGUUUCACAAUGGGGGUUGAAAUCGUGCACAGCCCUUUGAAAUAUCCUAACGUUAUUCAAAUCUAGGUUCGACGUUACUUUCGAUACAAUUUCCUUUUUUUUCUCACCGUCGUUAUCGUUCGAUUCUCCUGCGUGUUCACGUUUUUGAAAUGCAUAACGUUUAGGUGGUAUGCGACAGUGUAUACGUUCUGUCCGACGUUUUUUCCGACCUAGUCAAUCUCUCCGCAUUGAUAUAUCAGGUGUUUUUUUUGUUUUUCGAUAUCUUUCGACGAAUUUUAUCGCGAUCUAACGAUUUCUCUCACAAUCGGUAACCACUCUAAGUUUUAUAGCGUAUAUCUCGAGUAACACUUGAGGGUGAAAACGCGUUGCCGCGGUAGAUUCAUCCCCAGGAUAUGGAAACGUACGUAACGUGAUGUUACGAGCUGCUGCGGCACCCUACGAUUCAUACGUAGCGCGUGAUAAAUGAAAUGAAAAUUCUACUCCACCGUCUCGCGCUCAACCCUAUCUCUUUACACGGUUGCGAUUAAAGUUAGAAAAGUGUAAACCAAGAGCGAAAAUAUCUGUGCUACGUAUCGGAUCCUGGACAAUAGCCCAAUCAAUAGAAAGGAUACCGUGUACCACGCGCGUGAUGCACCAUACCGAAAUAUUCUGCCGGUGAAAAAGAGUUGAAAGCGGCUAAAAUUCAAGAGAAUCAUAGAUAGUGCCGUUGUGCGCACGAUGUCGAGGAAGAGGAUGAUAACCUAUUGCUUAUGGGAGGCGCAGAAACAUGAUUAUUAAUACGCUGGGAUCGUCCGGGGUUUACGGGCUGCUUUAGGCCCGUAAAAAUAGCCAGGAUGCAUCAUCCCCCGGGAAACUAUGGGCCUGGCCCUCAGGAACGUGUUCACCAGGUGCCGAGGGCGAGCAUCGUCGAGAAGUGUCCUUACGACACUUAUCCCGCCCAAAUACCGGAUUGCUGCGCCACCACGGGAAUGCAGGAUCCUUAUCCCAGGCCACCCAGUGGGUACACGGAUUAUCACGCCAGAACCACCUAUCCGGAGGAUGUCUACUCACAGGAUGUGCCUUCGACGUUUCACCGUCCCCAGUCACGGAUCGGGUUCGAAGAUCCUUCUAUGCGAGCUCAAUCACGGAUUGGCUACGCCUCCGAUUCUCGAUGUCCCAGUAGACUCGGGUACGAGGAUACAGGAGGCAGUUACAUUGAUCAAACUGAUCAUAGGAUGUAUUGCACCGGUGGAAACUGUAUGAAGGACACGAUGUCGGUGACCGCGCGAGGAGUUUGCGGCGAAGAGGUCGAAUUGGAUAUGCGGAGGCACAUACAAGCGUGUGCCUGCACCUGCAAUCAUAUGGGAUACGGGAACUACAUGGAUUACCAGACAACAUGCUUGACAGAACUGCCAGACGUAGCGCCUUGUAAUGGGAUCGUUCGCCUUCCACCCCCUUGCGAGGAUUCUCCGAGCAGCGGUAGUAGCAAAGAACGUCGUGAACAAAGUCCUAGAAAAAAGUGUCGCGUUUUGGCACCUGUUCUCCUACUAGUUUCCUCACUUUUACUUGGAGGACUGUGCCUACCUCUUCUACUUCAAACUGCCCCCGUUACUCACCAACAAAGGCUAGACGUUAUCAGAAGGUUAUUAACAGAAGUACCUCUUAUUGACGGACACAACGAUUUGCCGUGGAACGUGAGGAAAUUCGUACAUAAUCAACUAGGAGAAGUUAAUCUAAGCAGCGAUUUAGGUCGCGUCGAUCCUUGGGCCAGAUCAGAUUGGAGUCAUACAGAUAUUCCGAGAUUGCGAGCUGGUUUAGUCGGAGCUCAAUUUUGGUCUGCCUACGUACCGUGCGGAGCUGCGCAACUUAACGCUGUUCAAUUAUCUUUGGAACAAAUUGACGUGAUCCGAAGACUGGCGGAAAUGAAUGCGCAACAUCUCACCUUGGUUACAUCCGUCAAAGGUCUCAUCGACGCUCAUAGGGAAGGUAAAAUUGCUAGUCUUAUCGGGGUUGAAGGUGGCCAUGCGCUGGGCAAUUCUCUCGGAGUUCUAAGAACAUUUUAUGGAUUGGGCGCCAGGUAUCUUACGCUGACUCACGCCUGUGACACUUCCUGGGCAGUCUGUUCAGUUGGAGAGACAAAUAAUACGCAAGAAAAUGCUCCUGGUCUCAGUGAGUUCGGAAAGGCCGUUGUAAGAGAAUUGAACAGACUCGGAAUGUUGGUUGACUUGUCGCACGUUUCAACGAAGACCAUGAGAGCUGCUCUGCAAACUACCAGAGCACCAGUAAUUUUUUCUCACAGUGCCGCCAGAGCUUUAUGCAAUUCAACCAGAAAUGUACCUGACGAUGUUCUCCGAAGUUUGGCAGAAAAUGACGGCGUUGCAAUGGUUCCUUUUUACACAUAUUUCAUCACAUGCAACAGUACAGCAACGAUACGCGACGUAAUCGCGCACAUAAAUCACAUUCGAAGUGUCGCAGGCAUCAAUCACGUGGGAAUUGGGGCAGGAUUUGAUGGAAUCAAUUUUACGCCGACUGGUUUGGAAGACGUGUCUCGAUAUCCUCAACUUCUAGCAACGUUGUUGGAAGAUCCUUCUUGGACGGAAGAUGACGUGAAGAAAUUGGCAGGUUUGAAUCUGCUUAGAGUCUUCAAAAAAGUAGAACAGGUGAGAGACGAAUGGCAAAGAGCAGCAGUGCUUCCAGUGGAGAAGAUAAGUCCGCCAGACAAUUCAGCCUGUACCUACGGUGUCUCCUGAUCUUCCUUAAGGACACUUAUUCAAGGAUUUAUCGAUUGGGGAAGAUCGACGCGAAUUCGUCACGUUGCUAACGUUGCUAUAUCAGACUUUUGAGCACUAAAUAUACUUCUUGGUGAUGUAUAAUUUGUGCCUAAACUGCGGAUCGUGAGCAAUAUAAAACCAGUUUAUGAUCUACGCUCUAUGACAAAAUGAUGACGCACAAUUAACGAAGAAAACGCAACAACGCCGCGGCCAGCCGAAUAAUUUAUCAUUAUUGUGUCAUUUAACGUAGUACGUGACGGAGUGUAGUUUCUUACUAUUAUAUACCUAGCUUGCGUGUUAGGGUGAUAUAUUAUGAAAGGGGAGUAACUAAUAGAGACGGACUAAAAGCGCGUGUCUCUUGUAACAACUCCGUUUUAAUAACAUAUAGAGUGCAAUAGAGAAAAAAAAAAAAGUAAAUAAAUUAAUAAAUAAAUAAAAAUGUUCAUCCUACGGCUGGACGAUAUUAUUAUAUACUAAAAUGAUCAGUUGAUUAUACCGUCGUGGUGUGGUAAGUUUUGAAUGAUGAUAUACCAACCGCAUAGUGAUUAAUUGGAUACAUUAUUACUAGCCUAAUUAUAAAUGCCAAGAGAUAUAAUUAUAUAGGGUAAUUAAUUAUACUGUAAAUCUCACGAUCAUGUAAUACCUACGUCACCGUCAGGAUCACUUGUGGAUCAUUCUAUCGAUCGGGAUGGAAGUUUCAGUAUAUAUACAAAUACUAUAGACAUUAUUAUCAAUCUACAUAGUAUAACUAGGGGACGAGAAUUAUAAGGAAAACAAAUUUCUGAAAAAAAAAAAAAAUCCAAUACGGUUGGAAAUUAUACAUUAUAAAGUUGCAGGAAGUAAUAUUGACGAGGAGACACGUCAUUGUUACAUCACAGAUCAGCACCAAAACUUAGGACCAGUUUAAGAAUACAGUAAGAAUACAAUUUAAUAACAUCCGUUGAGGUUUCGAAAAUUAUUAUAUCGAUGAUGCGGUCAAAUUCAGGGUUUUCAAAACAUUCUUUUAUUGUUUGUGGGUAGAGGGAUGAAAAAAGAGAUCAAAUGAACGGAAAUUUUGAAAUUGAAGUUAAUCGGAAAAUGAGUCGAGUAAUUAUUGAUAUCCAAAUUCCUAACGCCAAAAUUCGGUAAUCCCUUAUUUGCUCUGCAAUCAAGAACUAUAUUUUUUUUUUGUUAUUUUAGGAUUCGCUUUUAUUACGUGGGACUUUGUCGAUCUAUCUUAAUGUACAGCCGGUUUAAUUGUUCGUGAGAUUGUUCUACCCCACAAAUGUCAUUGGAAAAAAGAAUAGCGAAGAGGUCAGGAAACCCGAAAAACUGACAAUCAUGCGUUCCAAUUGUUCAAUAAACGGUUGUGAUACGUCACUUUAGUCGUAAUUGCUGAUCUAGUGACCGGAAACCGACGUUCCAAAGGAUAAUGCUGGUAGCUGGUACUACACAUUAUCAAUAAAACACGGAAAGCUUCUGUUCGAUGAUUUAGAUCUCCUGACGAAUAAUAUUACUUCCCGUAAUGAUGUUAGCGCAUUUCAGAUAUUUAUGUAUAAAUUGGACACCGCUCAAAAUCAGUAUAUAUAGUAUAUAUAUAUAUAUCCUAUUUCAUAGUUUAAUGUAACGUAUUAUUGCGUAUAUAAACUAGAUAUUUUUCAUUUUUAAUAGCAAAGGUACUUCGAAGUGUAAAUCUUCACUUGUGUUCGUUAUAUUUUUUUUCCUCUUUGGUCUCAUUUUUUCUUUCUUACUUUUUCUAGUUGUAGCUGCGUUUAGAAAUACCGACGAAAAAAAAAGUGAAUCAUAUUAUUCCACACACACUCUAUACAAUAUGUAAAAGCAUGAAUGUGUUUUAUACCGAGGGGUGGGUAGUCUUAUUAAAGAUUAUGCUAAUAUCAUACGAUACACACAUCAUUGCAAUGGUCACUUGAAUAGCUGUGAGCUGCAAGAACUCAUGUUUAUUUGAAUUUCGAUGAAAAUGUCAUCAUAUGCUGAUCGGGCACACAGCUGACUUCACUCAGGGAAAAGGUAACGAUGUCACACCGAUGAACAAAUAUUUCUAUCGUCAAAGAGCAAAUGCAGAUUCCAAAAAUGAAGCAACUUCAAAUAAACUGAUAAAUUAUCCGACGAAAAUGUAAUAAAAGUG